AGUGACAUACUUAUAACUAAAUGUCAGAUUUGUUUGUAUUUGCAAGUAGAAUUAGUUAAUCAUAAUAGUUUAUUAAUUGGAAAUAGGAACAUAUUUUGCCUUCCAGCUUACUGUUUUGUUUGUAAUAAUGGUGCAGUCGCAGUUCUCACUUUCCUGGGACUCCUACAAAGCCAGCAUUUGCAAUGGAUUUAGUUCUCUACAACAGAAUGGAGAGUUUGUUGACAUGACCAUAGCUGCUGAUGGGCACUUUGUGAAAGUACAUCAAGUACUAGUAGCAUUAUCAAGCCCUUAUCUUAAGAAUCUUAUAACUUCUGCACCAUGCCAGCACCCAGUCAUAUUUCUAAAUAAUGUUUCACAUCGCACCCUAUGUUUACUACUGGAAUACAUAUACACGGGUGAGGUUGUCGUACCAGCUGAUUGCCUUUCAUCCUUUGCGGAAACAGCCAAGGCAUUGUACAUAAGGGGUCUUGAGAACAUUGGCACAGCAAGGAACUUACCUGUAAAAAUGUCUGUCAACAUGCCACAGUUAGAUGAGAGUGAAACGUGUCAUGUCACUGGCACUAAGCGCGUUGCCGUCCCUUCUACAGAUAGAAUUGAAGAGGUCAGUUUGCCAGCGUCAGCAAGUAAAAUAUUCUUCAAGCAAGACCCAUCUAAGCCAAAUAAAAGAAAGAAAGCAAACACAUCUACCUCGCCACACGACGACUCUCACGAAUUUGUAGAUUUAAUGGAUGAAUCCGGCGCUCACAACGACAAUGACGAUGAAAAUGAUGAUGAUGACUUUAAACUCGAUGGUACUACUAAACCUAGCGACUAUAAAUCAUCUUCAAAUUUGCAAUUUACUGUGUCGAUCCGAGGCUCGUUACAAGUGAUAUUAAAUCGGUAUAUCUACAACCUGCACUCGACCACCUCACGCUCCGGGCUACGGCGAUGGCGCUGCGUUGACUACAGAAACAAUAAAUGUUCGGCAUUCGUAGUUACUAAAGGCAACGUGGUACUAAACAGGGCAAAUCUACACAAUCACUCGUUCCAUGACAAGAAAAUAUUGGCGAAAAUUGAAAAGAAAUCUGUUUACUCUGCUAUUGAUGAAGUUGAGGGUUAUAAGGAACAGUUGGCGGAGGCACAAGCGAACUUCCUGACGAUUGACGACUUUGGCGACGACAUUAACAACAAAUCAGACACCACAACGGGUUUGAAAGACAAGCGUUCAUGGCUUUUAUGUAAAGAUAUCCUGUUUUUACGUCGGCCUGGCUUUGCAACCCAUAAUACAAUCAUGCUAAAGCACCUGACAUUAUUAUGUUUCGCAACAUACGUUUGUAACGCGUUGCCUGUGCAGAAUGAAUACCAAAAGUACUUGGAAUUAGAUGAGGUUAAGAGCUUCAGAGAAUACGUCCGGAUAGAUACAAGCAAAGAAGAAAACUUAAAAAAUGCAGUUGACUUUUGGAUCCGUCAGGCGACAGAUGUGGGCUUGCCAUACGCGGUGUAUGCGCCCGCAGGCAGGCCUAUCUUCGUGGCUACGUGGGCUGGGUCCAACCCAACGCUGCCCAGCAUCAUGCUUAACACACACAUGGAUGUAGUCCCUGUGGACGAGAGAGAAUGGCUGUAUCCACCUUUCUCAGCUCACAUGGACAUGAACGGCGAUAUAUACGGCCGAGGGACGCAAGACACGAAGGACGUUGCUAUACAAUACAUUGAAGCAGUCAGGAGACUCAAAAAGGACAAUGUUACUUUAACACGCACCUUACAUCUGACCGUGAUGGCUGACGAAGAAUCAGGUGGGAAAUAUGGAAUAAAGGCAUUUAUCAAAACUCCAGAAUUUAAAGCUCUGAACAUCGGGUUUGCAUUGGAUGAGGGCUUAGCAUCACGAAAUGAAACUUUAUUCGCAACGUACGUAGACAGGAGGCCGUGGCAAAUGGAAUUUGUGGUCCAUGGAGAAGGCGGGCAUGGUUUAGCGAUGCCUCACGAAAGCGCAAUGGAAAAGGCUCAACGACUUAUAAAUGCAGUCAUGUCCUACAGAGAAGCACACAUGGAGAAAAUGAAAACUAAAACUCGUACUGAGUUCGGUGGACUAACCAGUGUCAACAUAAAUAUGAUUAAUGGAGGCUUAGCACCAAAUAUAAUACCUUCAUCAAUAUCAAUUGUCGUGGACAUGAGACUCUCGAUGAUAGCUGACAUUCAGGAAAUACAGUCUUUAGUUGAUUCGUGGAUACACGAAGCCGGUAAUAAUACGGAUGUGAAGUAUUUGCGUCGAGACACCGUGUCGGCGUCCACGGCUGUCGACGACUCCAAUCCGUACUGGGUCAGCAUGCGGAACACAUUGAGCAAUAUGGGCUUGAAGGUCAUUCCUGUAGUAUGCCCAGCGACGUCGGACAUGCUGGUAUUACGAAACCUUGGCAUUCCAGCACUCGGGUUUACAACGAAGAGCAAUACAAUUCCUAGGCUGCACGGGAAAAACGAAUACCAAAACGUGAAGACGUUUCUCGAAGGAAUAAACAUAUACACAGAACUAAUAAAGAAUUUAGGGAAUGUCCCUGAGCAACAAAAAAUCUAAAAUAUACAUUUUGUACAAA